AUGUUUGAUCUUAUAGAUCGUCCGCGCUCAGAGCUUACUGAAGCUGAACUUCAGCAGCUUGAAGAAUUUGAAUUCACACAUGGACCUAUGUCAGUAAUUCAGAGUUCUAUGAACAAUAAUACUCCUGUUGUAGUUCACUGCAGAAACAACCAUAAAGUGAUAGGGAAGGUGAAAGCUUUUGACAGGCAUUGCAAUUUGAUUCUAGAAGACGUGAAAGAACUCUGGACUGAAACGACGAGAAAUAGCAAGGGAGCCGUCAUAAAAACUGCAUCGAAGGAACGCUUCAUUUCAAAGCUAUUUCUAAGGGGUGAUUCUGUUAUUAUCGUCUUGAAGGUCUAA